CACACACACACUGGGGUUACACCUCCCCUCACACACACACACACACACACACACUGGGGUUACACCUCCCCUCACACACACACACACACACACACACACACUGGGGUUACACCUCGACACACACUGACACACUGGGAUUAUACACACACACACACACACACACACUGGGGUUACACCUCCCCCCUUCCCCCGCACUGGGGUAUCAGCUGCAGUGGGUGAUUGAACCAGAAGGUGGCGCUGACAUCAAGGGGUCACGAUCGGAUCCAUGGGGACCUGCUCUUAGUCUUCUCACCUCUCUCUUCACGUGGAACGCCACAUUCUUCGCUAUCAAUACUUAGAAAUCUAUUGAAUUGACACAUACGUUUUACUGGAGAAAAAACCCGGAGUCAUCAAUGAACUCCACAACGUUAAUAUGCUGCUUCACAGAAACAACAGACAGACUUGGAUUUGUCUUCCUGUUUUUAUUUUUGUGCAGCGUGAUGAUAAAACAGCUCAUUUGUGCUUUAUUGUAUCAGUGGAAACUUUGACGUCUGGACUUUAAAAAGCUUCUCUGUGUGAUUCACAUCUGCUCAUAAACACUGCAGCUGAUUAAAUAAAACAUAGGUGAUGAGGGGUUCCUAUUAUUCUGUCUACUCCAGCUCUAUCUGGAGUCUGGGCUGAAAUAACAGCACAAGGUUCUGUACUGAAGGAACCCGACGGUUCCACAGCUCAGCUCUGCAAGUCCAACUUUUCCAGGAUCAUCACAGAGCAGUUGCGUAAGGAAGAGAAAGAGGAAGCGGAGCAGGAACGAGUGGAACGAAGCCUCUCUUCAUUUCAGCUCAGCAGCUGCAGGUUGAGGUUUGCAUGGAGAUGCUCAGUGUGUUUUCCUUCUGUUACAUCUGGUUUCUGCAGAUUGUCCCAAUUGGCUGCCAUGAAAAUUCCACAGGCCUCUACGCGGGUUCUUCCGGACCCGCAGACCGGCUCUUCUCUCCGGCACUGCUUCGGGUUCUGGUCCCAGAGGAGCACCACCUGUGUCUGCGCUGCGGCGGGUUUCACGGUUCGGAUGUGGUGUGGACCCGCCAGAACAGGGAGAUCCUGACGGGCAGCGGGGAUGCAGGGCGGCGCCGCCGGGUCCUGUCUGACGGACUGCUCUGCCUCCAGCAGCUGGACGACUCAGACAGCGGGCAGUACCGCUGUGACGGGCGGCUGGUGGCCGAGCUGCAGGUUCUGACGGGUUCCACCUUCGUGGUUACCGCCGGCUGGACGCUGCUGCUCCCCUGCAGCCCGCCCCACAAAGCCAAGCAGAGGUGGUUCCACCGGAGGAGAGGAGGCCGGCGGGAGCCCGUCUUCACGCGCUUCAGGAACGGCACCGUGAGGCCGGAGAGGGACGGGAACCGGCUCAGCUUCGGGAACGACGCCCUGCAGAUCCUGGACCUGCAGCCAGAGGACGCUGGAGAGUAUCAGUGUGGGGAGCUGCAGGUCAGAGUGAUAGUGUUGCUGGAUCCGACCCGCAUCAGCACCUCCUCUGCUACAACGGCAUCUUUUGUUGUCAUGGAAACAGAUGAGUUUGGCACAAAGAGGAAGGAUCAGAAGAGACUAGAGAACGCUCUGUUGCUGGCGGCGGUUGCUGGUUUGGGGAUGAUGAGCCUCCUCCUGGCUGCGCUCUGCGCUGUACAAGCUAACGUCAAGUGUAGGAGGGUGAAGAGGAGCAGACACAGAGGUGGAGGAUGGACUCAUCCUCUUCCAGAGGCGCUGUUGUUGUUAUGGAUGUUAAUUUUCCAAUAUUCUUCAUUCCAGCAACGAGAGGCGAAGACACCGACAUGCAGUCCUGGACCACAAGCAGCCCACAAACUGAGUACGAGGAGUUUGAGAGCCAGUCCCUCCACUACGCGUCUCUGGGCCGACAGAACUGGGGGGAGCGAGCCAGCAGGACGCCGCCGGAUCAGAACCACGGUGUCGUCUACUCGUCCGUCGUCACCAUAUCCUGAGCAUGUUGAGACGCGGGUCGUUACCGAGCCCACAUGACUUUCAGGAAGCAAAUGAUUGAUUUUAAAAUGUCCUUCAGUGAAAAUGAAAAUAAACUGAAGCGACUGGA